GAAUUUGAUCAUAUGCGGUUGUUCAACACAAUAUCAUCUAAAUCCAUUGAUACAGGCAACAAAUAUGUAUUUAUGAUGAAAUCUAGUAUGAUUGAUGCGCUAUUUGCGGUGUGUUUAUUCGGUCUAAUUGUUUCAUUGAAUAGUUCGCCCUUGGGACCAGGCGGUGGCGAGAAAUUAGAAACAUCAAAGACAUCAAACUCCUUGCCCAAAGUCGCUAAGAAAAACCGUAUAAGAAAUCAUUUUAGUAGAAGAAAUUCAAAUGAAUUGCCCAUAGCUAUACUAAAUGUUAUGGUACUUGCUGACGUUGUGAAAGUACUAGAGGGUGUAAAAUAUAAGAGCAUCAAAAAUUGUUAUUCGAAAGCAAAACUAGACCCAGUGUUUAUGACUCGGCUUAUCGAUGCCAGGAACGACAUUCUUCGGGGAUUAAAAGUAGGAAACUUAAAAGAAGAAGAAAAAAAUGCACGUGCUGCUUUAUUCUUUACAAUAAAAACCAAAUUAUUUGAGAAGCUGGAGAAUGAGAGCAAGGAGGAGUUAUUUAAUACUGAAUAUCCAAAUGCCGACGUAGAAAUAAACGAGGUCAUCGAUACGUUCAUAAAGCACGUAUUUAAAAUGAAAUUCAACGCGAGUGUUGCGCUGUUUGCAGUGUUUUUGUUCGGUGUUAUUGUGUCUUUGAAUAGUUCGCCGAUGGUACCAAGCGGUGGCGAGACAUCAGGGACAUCAGAGACAUCAGACACCUUACCCAUCUCUAUACGCAACUACAUAUUGAAUAUUUUGAUUUACAAUAGACCAGGAGGAUUGCCCACAAAUGAACAUGAUUCUAUAAAAGAUAUAGAUUUUUCGAAAAAUUUAGAUAGUCUAAAAGAUAAUAGUUUUAUAUCAGACUAUUUGAAAUUCGGAUUAGACCCUGAGUUUAUUGCACGGGUUACCGAGGUCAAAGACCAAAUUCAUCUUGGAAUAGCAGAAGGAAAUUUAGUCAACAAAAUUGAUAAAGUACGUGCUAGUUUACUCGAUAUAACAAAAAAGAAAAUAAAUGAGAAGAAUAGCAAUAAUGAAUUAAAAACUGUAAAAUAUUAUGCAUGUAACGACGUACAACUAAAUGAAGUCAUCAAUUAUUUCAUAGGCGACGUGAACAGUAUCGAUGAUUUCUGUAAACUGUAA